GCCCGGAGCCGCGUAGGAGCUGCCAUCAUGGCCAAGAUCAAGGCGCGGGACCUGCGCGGCAAGAAGAAGGAGGAGCUGCUGAAGCAGCUGGACGACCUCAAGGUGGAACUGUCGCAGCUGCGCGUGGCCAAGGUGACGGGCGGCGCCGCCUCCAAGCUCUCCAAGAUCCGCGUGGUCCGUAAGUCCAUCGCCAGGGUGCUGACCGUCAUCAACCAGACCCAGAAGGAGAACCUCAGGAAGUUCUACAAGGGCAAGAAGUACAAGCCUCUUGAUCUGCGGCCCAAGAAGACUCGUGCUAUGCGGCGCAGGCUCAAUAAGCAUGAAGAAAACUUGAAGACCAAAAAACAGCUGCGAAAAGAACGUCUGUAUCCUCUCCGGAAAUAUGCCAUCAAGGCAUAAAGCUGUAGUGUCCUGAAAGUUCUUACUUAACUGGCUGAGUAUUUCUCAUUAAAUACAAGUUUGUUUGGGA